UUCCCGUCUCCACAGAUCUCUCCAGAGGAAGAGGAACGGCGCAGGGUACGACGGGAGAGAAACAGGAUCGCCGCGGCCAAGUGCAGGAACAAGAAGAGGGAGCGGGGCGAGCUUCUGCAAGAGGAGUCCGAACGACUGGAGUCGCAGAACGAGCGUCUGAAGUCGGAGAUAUCCCGGCUUCAAGAAGAGAAGGAGAAGAUCGCUUACCUGUUGCAGUUCCACCGUCCCACCUGCAUCAUGAAAGCACCUGCGACCACCUGCGCACCUGUCACAACAACCUCCAAACCUACAGCUGUAAUGGUGGAUUCCUUCUUCUCCACCGCCUCCUCCUCAGACCUCUCGUGGGACUCCGCAGAAACUGGGGGACAAGAAACUUCGCCCUCACCUGCUAUAGUUCCGGUGGACCUGUCCUGUGCGUAUAGUAGUGACAGCGACAGUGACACUGAGCUGAGUUGAGGCGCCAGGAAGCCUUUCUUAUCUUAAAGCAUAUUUAACCUUUCCGAAGUGUGCUCGGUUCUCACCCCGUCCCUCUGUAUUUUUUUUUGUAUGACCAUGUGUUCUUCCCUUCAAUGAUGUGUGCAAAGAUAAAAAAGAUCUCAACUUCAACUGUGCAAACGGGACAAUGUUGACACGUAAAUAUUUUACUCUCACAGUCACAAGUCAGGCUCUCGCCUGCUCUCGCCUGACUUGUGACUGUGAGAGUACAGGAACAUGCUUGGCCCAGCAAUGAACCUGUAGCCAUUCUGUCAUUGUCUUUACUAUAGAUAUAAGGUCCUUUUCUUUCUGGCAACUGUUAAACGCAAUUUUCACUCGAAUGGCUGAUAGUGUUUUCCACUUUCCAACCAUAUUCAGUAUCAUAACUUCUAACAUGUACAUAUAUUAUAUGGCAGCUGUGAAUAUCAUUAUUAUCAUGACUUGUUAUUGUGUGCGAUUGGUAUGAAUGGAAACAGUAUACAUGCACUCCAAUUAUGCAAAAUGUGGUAUCGGGGAGAAUAUAAAGGUAGAUUUACGAUCCCGAUAACUGGCAAGAACGUUGCGCCCCUUUGACAUUCUUACCUUCAUAUUGUGAAGUAUGUUCAUUUGUUGGUUGAGAGUCAACUUUUCUUGCCAUACCCUUAAUGUCAACUUAAACUGUCCUCACAGAAAUGUUAGAACAAAAGGCAACGCCCACACUAUUAUGUACAAUUGUCUUUAGUUGUGGCAGGCUUUUGUGUCUGUGUACUAUGCACACUUUGCUUAUGUUUGUGGUUUGUUACCUAUGUAAACAUUUAUAUAACGUUAUGUUAGUUUGUAAAUAGAACCGACUAUAUCAAAGCUGCGGGUGGGACUCGGUUCUGAAUAACCGUUUUCUCGUUUGUAAAAACAUCUAUAUCAUUCAAUGCUCUGUAAAUAUACUGAUACGUAAGCACGAGGAUUUUUUUGUACCUUUGUACGAUCGUAAAUUAAAGUACCUCACAGACAUGAA